CCUGGAGCAGCUGUGUGCAGUCGCGCAUUCUCACAAAGCACAACCACACGAUAGGGGCACACGAAGCAGAAAAUCGCGACAGAAAAACCCUGAUCCGCUCAGGAUAUAUAUCCACCAGGACGUGCUGCGCUUGGGAACACAGCCAUGGGUAUGGACCGCACGGUAUUCCUGCUGUUAAUGCUGACGACUUUGUCCCUCGCCAUCGAGGUGCCGUCGGAUGACUCGGUGGGCUUGUUGGCGGAGCCUCAGGUGGCCAUGUUCUGUGGGAAACUCAACAUGCAUAUCAACGUCCAGAGUGGCAAGUGGGAGCCCGAUCCAACUGGCACCAAGAGCUGCAUCGGCACCAAAGAGGGCAUCCUUCAAUACUGCCAAGAGGUAUACCCAGACCUCCAGAUCACUAAUGUAGUGGAGGCCAACCAGCCUGUCAGCAUCCAGAACUGGUGCAAAAUGGGUCGCCGACAGUGCCGCAGUCACACGCACAUUGUUGUUCCCUACCGCUGCCUGGUUGGGGAGUUUGUCAGCGAUGCCCUCCUCGUCCCAGAUAAGUGCAAGUUCCUGCACCAGGAGCGAAUGGACAUGUGCGAGAGUCAUCUACACUGGCAUACAGUGGCCAAAGAGUCCUGCGCCGAUCGCUCCAUGAAUCUGCAUGAUUAUGGUAUGCUGUUGCCGUGUGGAAUCGACCGUUUCCGGGGUGUGGAGUUUGUGUGCUGCCCAAUGGAGGAGCAGAAGGACUUAGACAGUGAGGAGCAGGAGGAGGCCAACUCUGAUGUGUGGUGGGGCGGUGCUGAGACUGAAUACACUGACGCCAGCGUGCUGAAAGAACAGGUCACAACCAAGCCUGAGCCUGCAGUGACUGAGGAUGAUGAGGAUCUCAACAAUGAGGAAGAGGAAGUCUGGGACAACGAUGAAGACGGUGACGGUGAGGAUGAUGAAGAUGAGGAAGAUGAUGAUGAAGAUAUAAUCGAUGAGCAAGACACCAGCGAACAGACCUCCAACAUUGCAAUGACGACCACCACCACCACCACAACAGAGUCUAUAGAGGAGGUUGUGCGAGCGGUGUGCUGGGCCCCUGCUCGGUCAGGGCCGUGCCAUGCCAACCUGCCCCGCUGGUAUUUUGUGGCGGAGAAGGGCCGAUGCGCCUCCUUCACCUUUGGGGGUUGCGGGGGAAACCGCAAUAACUUUGAGUCAGAGGAGUACUGCAUGGCUGUCUGCAGCAGCAGUGUGUUGCCAACCAUGGCCCCGAGCCCUGCUGAUGCGGUGGAUCGUUACCUGGAAGCUCCAGGAGAUAUGAACGAACACAUGCGCUUCCAGAAGGCAAAGGAGAGCCUGGAGGCCAAACACAGAGAGAAAAUGUCAGAGGUGAUGAGGGAAUGGGAGGAGGCCGAGAGACAGGCCAAGAACCUUCCUCGUGCUGAUAAGAAGACCAUAAUUCAGCGCUUCCAGGAGAAGGUGGAGUCGCUGGAGAAGGAAGCGGCUGGAGAGAGACAGCAGCUGGUGGAAACGCACAUGGCUCGAGUGGAGGCUCUGCUGAAUGACCGCCGCCGUCAGGCUCUGGAAAGCUACCUGAGCUCUCUUCAAUCUGACCAGCCCAGGCCUCGGCAGGUGCUGAAUCUGUUGAAGAAGUAUAUCCGUGCAGAGCAGAAGGACCGACAGCACACUCUCAAACACUUUGAACACGUGCGGGAGGUCGAUCCUAAAAAGGCCUCACAGAUUCGGCCAUUUGUGAUGACCCACCUGCGUGUGAUUGAGGAACGCAUGAACCAGUCUUUGGGUUACCUCUAUAAAGUGCCUCAAGUGGCUAAUGAUAUCCAGGACCAAGUGGCGGUGCUGGUCCAGCGUGAUCAGGCUGAGGUGACGCAGCAGCUGUCGUCUCUUCAAAGUAAGAUGAGGGUCAGUUAUGGGAACGAUGCCCUGAUGCCGGAUCUGCCAGACAGCACCACACCACUGGACAGCCUUCCUCCAGAGCAGGACGGCCUGGGCUUCAUCCAUCCUGAGAGCUUCAACCAGGCCAACACUGACAACCACGUUGAACCUGUAGAUGCCCGUCCAAUUCCAGAAAGGGGUUUGCCUACAAGACCCGAGAUUCCAAAGGUUCGGCUGGACAUUGAGGAAAGGCACAAUGCUGGCUAUGAUGUUCGUGACAAGAGACUGAUGUUCCUCGCGGAGGACAUGGGCUCUAAUAAGGGUGCGAUCAUUGGACUGAUGGUGGGGGGCGUGGUCAUCGCUACUGUCAUCGUAAUCACUCUGGUUAUGCUCAGGAAGAAGCAGUACACCUCUAUUCAUCAUGGAGUUAUUGAGGUGGAUGCGGCAGUGACUCCUGAAGAACGUCACCUGGCGAAGAUGCAGCAGAAUGGCUAUGAAAACCCCACCUACAAGUUCUUUGAGCAAAUGCAGAACUAAAGAUCCACAUCAUCAUCAUCAUCCCCCAAAAUAUCACCACCAUCACCUCUGCAUCAGGACAGAGAAACAGACUGACCCCCACACACACAAACACCGGUCAGCUCUGUCACCAUCAUUGGCUUCCAUCACCUCAGCAUUUCAUCCAAUCAAGCCAGCGCUCACUCAGACUGCACAGAAAAAAAUGAUGCAUCACUGCUGCCCAUCUGUCAGCGGGCCCGUCCAUCUGUGCGCUUUCAUGCCUGUCCAUCACAGCACUGUUGCCGAGAAUGAAGCCGUUUUCUUUUGCCCUUCUAAACUUACCCAUGAUCCUCCUGUCCACCAUGCUUUAGUUUCGUUUCACCCUCUCUCUCUUGCUUGAUCAUUUUUGUUCCCCUUCCAGAAACUUCUAGAAGCACUUGCUCUUUUGUUUUGCACGUUUCCUUCCUUCCUUUUUCCCGGGCACUCAGAUGACGCAGUGCUGUGUUCGGCUUCAAUCCCAGACGCAGAAUAAUGUAUUCAUCAAUCAAUACGCUUCUCAUUCAGGUUAUUUUUUUUCUCUGGAAACAAAAAAAUAUAUAUUUAAAAACUAGUAAAAACGAAAAAAAUUAUAAAAAGAACAAAAAAAAAACCACAGAGAUCAGAAAUGAAUGUUUGUUUUUAUUUUGUGUGUAAUAUGUAUUGAAUUAAGGCAGAAAUUAGCUGUAUCUAUAUAGUGCAUGGCAAUUUUAACAGAGAGAGAGACAGGUUCUGGAUCCAAAGGCAGAUUUUUGACCGCUCUCUCUCUCUUUCUCGUGUAGAGAUUUUAGCUGGAUUGUACAUUUUAUCGUCUUCUUGUGAUCACAUUUUAAAUAAGUGAGAGAAAAUGAUCAAAUAAUUCUGCUUGGCUACAUCCUCACAAGGACAUGUUUUAAUGAAAGUGUGCUCUCUUACUUUCUUUCCUUUAGACCAGAGGUGUCCAAACUCGAUCCUGGAGGGCUGGUGUCCUGCAUAUUUGAGUUCCAACUCCAUUUAAACACACCUGAAGCAGCUUAUCAAGCUCUUUAGGUAUACUAGAAACUUCAGGCAGGUCUGUAGAAGGAAGUUGGAGCUAAACUAUGCAGGACACCGGCCCUCCAGGACCAAGUUUGAGCUCCCCUGCUUUAGACCAUGCCACGCACACUUAAUGGUUGCAUGGGGCUGGAAAAAGAUGUAUGUAUUGUAUUAUGAAGUGUAAUAUUAGCCCAUGUUUUGGUUCAACACUCUACGCACUUGGCAGUUUAAUUUUUUUAAAGGGGUCAAAGACACCCUAUUUGCCUCAUGAAGUUUUACUCCAUGUCAGGAUUUGGUUAUGGGGCCUGGAUUAGAGAAGGGAGGUAAUAGAAGUGGUGGGAUUUUGCUUCAGAAAUAGCCACCAUUUUUCAAUCGUGUUUUUGUUUGUUUGUCCCACUUUCCCCGUCUUUAUAUUCCACUCCCAGUGUCUGUGAUAUUCACGAACACUUUUUGGGAUAGAAACUCCUCACCUCUCUUUUAUCCUUUCACUGAAGUAUCUCAUAGCACCUUACAGGCCAGAGCAGGUGGGAAGGAAUCGCUAAGAUAGGAUGUAAUGAGUCGCUCUGAUGUUGAUGGAAGUUGUAAAAAAUCUGUUGAAUGAAACACAGCCAUUAAACCAGUCAAACAUUGUGCAGUUUUGUCACAGUGCACACUGCUCAUUACGUUCCUGUAUAGAAUUACCUUAGCUCCAAAAUCUGGUGUUGUGCUGAUUUGUGGAUGCUCCAAGCGAGUGUCUGUGGUCAGUAGGGAACAGAGAAAGCUCUUUCUGUGACGUUUUCCUUCGCUAUCUAUUCCCAUCAUUGGCUCAGAAGGGGGGAAAAAAGCUUUCUACAACACUGUAACCCAUGAAUAAAGUUUUGAAUGUACAUACAAAA